ACUGAUCAGUGUGAUUCGGCCUGCGUACGAAGGGCAAUAACUCCGAUUCGAAUACCUACAUAUGUAUGAUGAAAUGGCUAUGACAAUUUCAAGAACUAUUGGUCAUAUUGCCAAGCGAUGCUUCUCUUCGAAGGUUCCAAGUGCACCAACGUGGAUCGAGAUAGAAGAAGAUAAACUACCAAAGACCCCAGAGCUUACAACGGACGAUAUUGACCUUCUAGAACGACUGUCAUUGGUGGAGUUUAAUAACAAGGCAGGGGUAGAUCGCCUCACCAAAGUCAUCCACGCAGCCAACAAACUAUAUAUGGUAGACACAGACGGAGUCGAGCCACUGGACACCGUUCUAGAGGACAGAGUAUUACACCUCAGGGAUGAUGACGUCACUGACGGAAACUACAAGAAAGAUAUCAUUGGUAGUGCAACCAAGAUAAUAGAAGACUACUUCGUGGCCCCUCCAGGUAAUAUACCACUGAUGAAGAUCGAAAGGGAUUACAAACCAAAAACAGCAUCCACAGAAUCUGAUUCAACCACGUGACAAAGAACAAACACUGUUUCACUGUCAAAUUAAAUGAUCUAUCAACUGUCA